AUGUCUAUUAUCAAUAGUGCUGAUGCGGCGUCGCAUCGUGCACGUCAGGCGAAUGGUGGCGCCAGCGCCAGUAGCAGGUCAAAGGGCGAUCUGACAAACGCGAUAGAUCUGUCGAGAUACAGCUCUCAGCAGCAUCAAGGUCUCAUUAAUGCGGUCAUAUCCGUUUUGCAGACUCCCGAGCAGGCGACCAUGGUGUCGAAGCAGUUUUCGAAUGAGCGAAAUGUGGCUUCGGAAGUGCAGGCGUACGCCAAGAUCUCCGGCAAGGACUGGACCUACUACGUCAAGGACCUGGAGAUUUCCAUCGGCCGAAACACCGACAAUCCACAGCAGAUGAAUGUGAACAUGAGCGGCAACGACAGCAACGACAGCAACAGCAUCAACGUCGAUCUCGGGCCUGCCAAGGUCGUUUCGCGGAAACACGCGAUUAUCAAGUUCAACAUGCAGCAUGGGGGGUGGGAGUUAUUGGUGCUUGGAAGAAACGGUGCCAAGGUGAAUUUCAAAAGGAUCCCCGUUGGUUCCUCUUCGUCGCCUGUGCUUUUGUCCUCGGGCACAGUACUGGAUAUUGGUGGAACUCAGAUGAUGUUUAUUUUACCGGAUCGUGAAGCGUUUGUCUCUCAAUCCUGUGUCCAACAUCUGAUUCAAAAGCUAGUAGCAGCAUACGGCACUGGCAUCGGCAACAAUGAUCCUAAUGACGUCAAUGCUCUACUCUACGAUAUAUUGCGAGAAUCAGAUUACGUCAAGCAGAAUCGAUUUCAGUUACACCAGCAUCAACAACAGCCGCAUCAACAACAGCAGGUAAGAGCCUUCAAGAUGUACGGCAGUAAUACGCGUCCUGCAACGAGUGGCGAUCCAAAUGGCAUCAAUUACAAUAAUGAUGCUAAUUUCACCAGUAAUGGUAUGAAUUCCAUUUACGAUAGUAACAGUAAUAACAGAUUAAUGAACCAAUCAUAUUCAGCAUCCAAUCAUUCAAUAUCCCAAGCAGGCUUCCCGCAAUCGUUGGAUUUUGCUUCAGAUCUUUCAAGAGAUGAAAACAAAAACGUCAAACCACCUCAUUCCUAUGCAACGAUGAUCACGCAAGCAAUUUUAUCUACACAAGAGGGUGUGAUUUCCCUGGCCGAUAUUUAUAAGUACAUCUCGACGAAUUAUGCUUAUUAUAGAUUUGCGAAGACUGGUUGGCAAAAUUCUAUUAGGCACAACUUAUCAUUAAAUAAAGCAUUCGAAAAGGUGCCACGAAGACCAAAUGAGCCUGGGAAGGGUAUGAAAUGGAGAAUAAGUGAAGAUUAUCAACGUGACUUUUUGAAUAAAUGGAAUGCUGGUAAGAUUGGUAAAGUAAGAAGAGGUUCUUCUGUUGCAAGACAAUUACAAUUACAUUUAUCGAAGUUUAACACUUUGCCACAACAACAAGAAUAUAUUGAUAGAGAAACAAAAAUUAUAAAGCCCCAGCGAAUGUCUCAUCCACGGAUGCCAAGUCUAGAUGAGCUUGACACUUCAUUAUCGCGAUCCACAGAUACUCAAACAAGUUUUGUCAACAUUCAACAACAACAACAACAACAACAACAGCAGCAACAGCAGCAACAUUCUCCACAAUUGCCCUCGUUGCAAUCUCAUCCAGAUUCUCAAUCACAAUCUCACUCAGGCAUAUCGUCUCAGGCACAUUCUGAAGCGGACCAUACUCAAUUAGAGUCUCAGCUGCAACCGCAAACCUCUAAUCUCAUGCAACCACCUACAUCUGUAGCAUUGGUACACAAGAAUGCAACAAACAAUGCACUUUCAUCUUUCAAUAAUGCUUCCCCCGCAGUGGCACGAUCGAGCAUUGCGCCAAUAAUUACUGCGACUGCUUCCACAGGUCCUCAUCUAUCGCCAACCCACUCUUCAAUUUUGAGAUCGCCAACCAAAGCUUUUCACAUCACUGCAAUGGAAGCCUAUACACCAGAGAGAGGGAGUGCUCAAAAUAAAUCCCCGACCCAAUCAAAUAUGAACAAUCAUAAUACAAAUUCCAAACUCCUAUCUGCUGAUGAUACAGAGACAAUUCUCGAUAAUAAUAAUGGUAAUUUAAACCUGAAUGAAAAAUCGAAUACUGCCAAUAGAAGUUCACCUGGUGUCUGGAAUCUCUUACAGUUCAGUUCAGUGAAUAACACUCCAGCUGUUGAUUCCACUGAAAAUGGCAACACAAAUCGUAGAUCCGUUGAGAAUAAUGCAAAUCCAUCUCAUAAUAACAAUAUGCCCGAUCUUAAAAUGAAGGAUGUUCAAUCGUCACCAUUGAAAAGACAAAAGAAUCAAAGUAGUACAGGGAAAGAGUUAAUGCUAGAUACAGAUGGAGCUAAAAUUAGUAUCAGUAACGAUUAA